AUAGCUUUCGUGCAGAGGAGAAUACAGUACUGGUAAACAAGCUUUGCCAGUACUACCAAUGUAUAUUUGGGGGAGCAGCCAAAAAGAGUUCCAGAGCACAGAAGGAAAAUCGGUGGAGGAAGAUUGUGGCAGCGGUGAAUGCUGUUGGAGGGAACAACCGCACCGAGGACGUGGUGAAGAAACGGUAAGUGCACUUAUAUUCCUAAAAAAUAAUUUUCUUUAUGCCAUGUUUUAUUAAAACUUUUUUUUUCCUCCAUGUGCUUUUGCUACACACACCCACUAGUGGCAGCUAUGCUUUUAAAGUCUUUUAAAAGUGAGGGUUGGGUCACUUAAGCACAUAGAGGGAAAAAACACCAUGUGCUUUAAAGGAACACUAUAGUGAUAGGAAUACAUGUUUGCAUUCCUGUCACUAUAACUGUGAAAACACAGUUUAACCUCCCUCUCAGCAAUGUAACUGUAAUUAAAGGGACACUCCAGUGCCAGGAGAACAAACCGUGUCCCACCCCUCAUCCCAGGGGGAGACCAAUUGCGCAUGCGCUGCCGCCGGCGGGGUGAGACCUAAUGCGCAUGCGCUGCAAUGCUGCACAUGCACAUUAGACCUCCCCAUAGGAAAGCAUUGAAAAAUGCUUUCCUAUGGGGGUUUCAGCGACGCCACUAGAGGAGGAGUUAACCCUGCAAGGUAAAUAUUGCAGUUUAUGAAAACUGCAAUAUUUAUUUACAGUUGCAGGGUUAAGGGUAGUGGGAGUUGGCACCCAGAAGUGGUCUGGGUGCUUGGAGUGUCCCUUUAAUUACUCAUCCUUAUAGCAGAGCUGUGCUCUGCCUCCUUGGCUGCGAUCUUCAUAAUUGAAAAGAUCAGCAAAUCCAAUGCUUGGUCUGGGUGCCUAUAGUAUCCCUUUAAACAUGUCAGUAAACAUAUAUAUAUAGAAACAUAUUAAAGUAAUUAAUCAAUUACACAUGUCAUCAUGUCAUUGCAGUUACUACGACAUCAGGCGGAUGGUGAAGAGGAAGGUGAAGGCAGCAGCCGCCUCCAGGAAGACAGGAGGCGGUUCACAAGAACCGGACCUGCUGCCCUAUGAAGAGGAGCUCCUGCAGUUCCUGGGAAGAGAAAACCUCCUUGGGAUUGAGGGGACACCUGGCACUGAAACAUCUGAAGGUACGAUGUUAAAGGACCACUAUAGUGCCAGGAAAACAAACUCGUUUUCCAGGCACUGUAGGGUAAUUAGGUCCCUCCCCACCCUCGUGGCCCCCUUCCCACUUCAGCCACUUACCUUUCUCCAACCCCUUCAGCCACUUACAUUUCUCCAGCGCAGGGCUCCCUCGGCGCUGGGGAACACUCCUCCCUCUGCCGACGUCAGCUCCGAAUGCGCAGCAAGAGCCGUGCACGCAUUCAAACCACCCAUAGGAAAGCAUUACUCAAUGCUUUCCUAUGGACGUCCAGCAUCUUCUCACUGUGAUUUUCACAGUGAGAAUCGCGGAAGCGCCUCUAGUGGCUGUCAGUGAGACAGCCACUAGAGGCUGGAUUAACCCUCAGUGAAACAGCAGUUUAUCUAGAACUGCUAUGUUUUCAGCUGCAGGCUUUAAACUAGAGGGACCUGGCACCUAGACCACUUCAUUGAGUGGUCCUUUAAAUUCAUAUUUGUUAGUCGAAAUGUACAUAUAUCAGUUUGCUUGUGUUAACCUUCCAAUGUGUGUUUUCUAUGCCAUCAGUGCAAGCCCCUCAAUCCCCAGAAGAGGCACCAGGAACUGCAGGAGAUGCUGUCUCCACGGAGAGCGGGGCAGCAGGUUCACCUCCUGUCUCCCUGGAAAUGCGCCUGGCUUCACUUUCCUCUCGUAAGUACUUGCAUAGCAUUGUUAGAUAAAUGUUAUGUGUGUGUGUGCGUGCGCAUUUAAACAUACACACACGUAUGUGAUUUUACUGUAUAUGAAGUUAAUUUAUCACAUACAUGUAUUUCAGGCCAUCCGCAACUUGUCGACGUUUCUUCACCACGUACGAGUGUGGUUUCCCUCCAACAGCCGGCCACUGGUGUCCAGGAACAGGGAUCCACUGCUGAGCGUAAGUAAAAAAUGCUUUAACUGUACACAUUUUCUUUGCAGGCAUACUAGUUUAUGUAACAGGCGGGGCCGGGUCGACCGCUAAGCAUACUAAGCAUCUGCCUAGCAUGUGCUGGCCAGGGGGCUAAAUGUCUGGGUGACCAGCAGGGGUGGGGGGGAGCUCACAUUGCUCCUCUCCUUCUGUUCACUUUAUGUACUGUGGCUGAGUGGACCACGUGUGAUCUUAUCUACCAUCUUCUUGGCCUGACAGGAAGCUGAGUGCAACGAUCAGCUUCCUGUCAUGCAGAAGAAACAGGAGAUUCUCUACCUGGGGACGCUCGUCCACGAUACAUGUAGUGAGAUUAGAAGGAAAGGGAGGUGGGCACAAAGACAUGCAAACAGACAGAGAAAGGGCUAGGGGCGACAAAGAUGCAUAACUAUACUUAGACAUAAUAAUAAAUUAAUAGCAUGACUGCAUAUAUCUUAUUUCCAAGUUUAAAUAAUAUUGUUUUACAGAUAAUAGUAAGCAUUGCAACAUAUGACACAUGCUAACAAUGUUCUUUCUCUGUUCUCCCCUAUAGGUUCUGAUGGUACUCUCCCCCUGCAAGAGGAGGGUACCAUUACCCUAACAGCAGUGGAUCCUGAGUCAGAGACAUCAGUGGCCGAAGAAAUGCCACAACUUCCUCCACCAUUGGCUGCGCUGUAUGCGACGAUCCAGGCUCGUCAAGAUGAACUGGAGACGUCCAUACAGCAGGAUAGGGAGAAUCAGCGAGAACUAUUGCAGAAUGUAAUAACCGAGGUACGCUCCAUGUCGAAUAUUUUGAAUGAGGGCGUUAGGCAAUUUACAUCAGCAAUGGUUUCCUUGCAGCAAAAUAUGCAGCGCUUUAUGGAAAUGAGGGAGGAAGAGUGCAUUUUAAUGCGCGCGCAAGCUGCCCAUAAUUUGGGCAUAACCAUCGCUGAUGUAGAUAGCCUAGUUCGUGAAAGACGUGCGCAGGGUCUUCCCAGAAGGGAUGAUGAUGAUGAAUAGAUAUCUGUGGGAAGAAUGCACUCAGAUGUUUAUUUCUCAUUAUCAUCCACAAUGUGAACACAACUGACGCUGUUCAUCGUAGGUUGUUACAUUCUCAAUUUCCUCCUGGUUUUCCCUAUCCUUCCCCUGAAUAUACAUUGGGUAUUCUCCUCUGCACUAUAUCCUCCCAGGACUGCUCCUAACAACCUGGGCUGCCUCUGCUUUGUUGCUUCUCCCACUUGCUUUUCUAAAUAAAAAAAAAUAUUGGAUUACAACUUCUGACUCCUCUUUUCUUUAAUAAUUUUUAUAUAUAUAUAUACAUACAUACACACACACACACUUGAAAAAAUAUCACUAUAUAUAAAUAAAAAUAAUUACAAAAAAUAUAUAUACACAUAAAGCAAAUAGUGAACAGAGCACUCCUUAGGAAAUUUUCAAUUGUGUAUUUUAGUAAUCUUGAUUACUUAUUAAAUACAUGAUUGAAAAUUUCCUAAGGAGUGCUCAAUUCACUAUUUGCUUUAUGUUUGGCACUGGAAGCACCCAGGUAUUACAAGUUAUAUUUUUUAAUGAUGGUGAGUGUCGGAUUAUAUAUAUAUAUAUAUAUAUAUAUAUAUAUAUAUAUAUAUAUAUAUAUACAAACAUGUGUAUAUAUAUAUAUAUAAUAAUUCUAUGUAUAUAUUUAUGUAAUAGUUUUAAAUAAUUAGGUCAUUUUAUUAAUUACAAUUUGCAGGACCUGACUGACAACCCAGGCCAAAAGUCCAAGGAAUUUAAUUUGCUAGCACUGUAUAUAACCCUGUAACUUUCUAUGACACCAUACAACCUGUACAUGUGGGGUACUGUUUUACUUCACUGAACACAAAUUUUAGUGUUUCAAUGUAUUACAACGAUGCUAUCGUCAGUGAAAGUGACAUUUUUUACAUACAAAUGGCACUUACCUGGACGAGAUAAUUGUUGUGAUACGUUUUACUGUUUUGAAACACUAAUUUUGGUGUUCAGCGAAGUCUCCUGAGUAUAACAGCAUCCCUCAUGUACAGGUUUUAUGGUUGUUACGGAUCGACGGGCACCCUGACUGGGUACCUUCGUUGGAGGAUGCACCUAGUGCUUCCUGGGGCUUCCAGCACUCCAGCUGACACCAUAACCACCGUAGAGUCCUUCAGAGCGCAAACCAGGAACAAGCUCUUACAAGAGUUUAGGAGUGAUUAUAGCAAGGGAACAUGCAGGGCAUAGCAAUCCCUAGUAGCAGAUUCCCCCAAUAAGAGACAGGACUCAAAUUGAGUGUGAAGAAGAAAUGAAGAUUUUAAUGAGACACUGCUUUUAUGAACAUUUUGCACACAUAGUACUGCCCACAGGGUUUUGUAAAACAACCAAUCAAUACGUACAAUACACUCCCAGAAAUUACAGACAAAAUCCUCCCCUCUGCCUGUGACUUAAUUUCCUUACACAAUGGGUUAAUGUAAUUAUAACUGGCAGAGAAACACCAUUUUUACACAUGUACUAUAACUUUAAAACUACACAUUCAAUAUUCAUAAAAAUGACAUAUUAUUAAUCAGCAUACUUUAAUUAUAAACAUAGUCAAAAUUCAGCCAAUUCCAUCCAGGGGUUAAAAAUUUAGCUGGAGGUCCCUUUUUUUACCGACCGCAAGCACAUUUUCCUGCCCAAAACAGUUCCAUAGAUUUGGGCUGUGCGGUCGGUAAAUUUCACACUGAAAAAAUGACUAAGUCCCAUCGCCGAAUGGGACUUAGUCUCUGCGGCUGCAAAAUCAUUGUGGGAGAAGGUAAGGCUCAGCGGUGUUCGCGGAACUGUGUAGCCGAUUUCAGUUCCAUGAAUUUGGCUACACACACCGCUGACCGCAUAGAAUGAACAAAGAUGGCCGCCGACACGUUUUUGUUUGCGCGAACGGCGGCCCCCCAGCGUUCGGCAAUAAGUCCCAUCGCCGAAUGGGACUUAGUCUCUGCGGCUGCAAAUCAUUGUGGGAGAAGGUAAGGCUCAGCGGUGUUCGCGGAACUGUGUAGCCGAUUUCAGUUCCAUGAAUUUGGCUACACACACCGCUGACCGCAUAGAAUGAACAAAGAUGGCCGCCGACACGUUUUUGUUUGCGCGAACGGCGGCCCCCCAGCGUUCGGCAAUUUACCUACAGCAGGCUCCCAGCCUGGGAGGUAAAUUGCCUGCACACUUCCACUUCUGGGUGGUCCGCCUGUGUGGUACUUGGUUCAGUAAGCCCCAUUUACUGAACCAAGUGGGAGAAAGCCAGGAACACAAUAUAUUAACAGUCUGGGGACAAAGUCUUAAAGGGGCAUUGUUCCCAAAAGUCACAAUAUGUCCCCAGAUGGUUCUUAAAGGGGCAUACACAGUCCAAUAAAAGUCCAUUCACUGUGCUUAAAGGGCCAGUAGUCGCACAAUAAAAAUCUAUUAUGCCUAAAUAUGUUCUUAAAGGACAAUACAUCCCAGGGGCCGUAGUCACAGGGCAGGAGGCCAGUCGGGGUGCCAGGCGAUCCGUUACAUACUACCAUUCUCAUCAUCCCUGCACUGACUGAUAAUGAGAAUGAUAGUACUCAGUCAGUGCAUGGAUAAUGAGAAUGGUAGUACUGCCAUUCCCAUUAUCCCUACUCUGCACUAACUGAGUACUACCAUUCCCAUUAUCCCAUACUCUGCACUAACUGAGUACUACCAUUCCCAUUAUCCCUCCUCUGCACCAACUGAGUCCUACCAUUCCUAUUAUCCCUGCUCUACACUUACUAAGUCCUAUCCUUCCUCUUACCUCUGCUGUCAACAUCGUCCGCCCCAAGAUGGCGCCCGCAUUUCUCGCCACUCAGAGGUCAAUGCGGCUUCUAUGUAUACUAUGUUUGUGCGGGCCCACACCCUCAGGGUCCACCUCCCGUGGCGCUGAAGGGGUUUAAACCCCUCUCCUCCCCGUCUGACGUCAGCUCCUGAGUGGAGCGGAAUGCACAUUUGAAGAGUCCAAAACAUCUCCAGUGCCGAAGGUUGCCUAUACCUGUACUAGAGACUGGAUUAACCCCUAAUGUAAACAUAUCAGUUUCUCUGAAACUGCUAUGUUUACAUCUGAAGAGUUCAAACCUGAGGGACCUGGCACCCAGACCACUUCAUUGAGCUGAAGUGGUCUGGGUGACUAUAGUGUCCCUUUAAUCAUCUCUAGGUACAGAAAAUAUUUCCAAUUUUUAACUGUAAAAAACACAUUAAAAUACAUAACUCAAAUUUCACACAACUGGACCUCCCACAUUCACCAUAUCCCCAGAUAGCUUGGAUCUGAGCGCUCAAUAUAUCCGAACAGCACUCUGAUCCUAUGAACACAGUCGAAUUGCCAUGGAGUUAAAGGAUCACUAAAUUGCCAGGAAAACAAACUGGCAAAAUAGGAUCUUUAGGUUCCCCCCCCCCACCCUCAGGGGCCCCCCAAAGGGGGAGGAAGGGGUUAAUCACUUACCUUUUUCCAGCGCCGGGCUCCCUCUGUGCUGGGGAAAUCUCCCUCUUCUGACGUCAGUGCUCAAUGUGCAUGCGCGACAAGAGCCACGCGCACAUUAAAUCAGUCCAUAGGAAAGCAUUACUGUAACGGAUCGCCUGGCACCCCGACUGGGUACCUCCAUUGAACGAUGCUCCUAGCGCUUCCUGAGCGCUCCAAGCACUCCAGCAGAUACCACAACCACCGCAGACCGAACCUCUCUUCCGACAGAGCGAAGCAGGAACAAGCUCUUAAAUGAGCUUAGUAGUAUAGCAAGAGAGUAUGACAAACAUAGCAAUCCCUUGUAGCAGAUUCCCCCAAUAAGAGACAGGACUCCAAAUUGAGGGUGAAGUAGAACUGAAGUUUUAUUGAAACACUCAGCUUUUAUGCCCAUUUUCUACCCAUAGUACCGCCCACAGGGUUUUGUAAGAUGACCAAUAAAACACGUAAAUUAUAGUAAAACACUCCCAGCAAUUACACACAAAUCCUCCUCUCUGCCUGUGAUACAAUUACUGAACACAAUGGGUUAAAGUAAUUAUCACUGGCAGGAAAAAUAUACUUUUUACACAGUUAAUGUAACUUUAAAAAUAUACAUCCAAUCUUCCUAAAAGUAACAUAUUAUUAUUCAGCAUACUUUAAUUAUAAACAUAGUCAAAAUUCAGCUAAUUACAACCAGGGGUUACAAAGUUAGCUGGAGGUCCCUUUAUGACCGACUGCAAGCACAUUUUCAUGCCCAAAACAGUUCCAUAGAUUUGGGCUGUGCGGUCGGUCAAUAUCAGGCAUAAAAAUGAUUAAGUCCCAUUCGAAUGCACGAACAGGGCCGUUCGUGCAAUUGGCUCAGUAACAGUGCGUGAGUUCAAAUAGCCGAACUGCGACCACCCAGCCGUUCGUCUAUUAGGUCAAUUAGUUGCGGUUAACCACAGCUUCUGGGAGGUUAACAGGCGGCACACUCCCAUUGCGUGUGGUCUGGCCGUUCGGCAGUUUAUUCGGUUAAAUAAAAGGGAAUACAUAAGGCUAAAUGCACGAACGGCAUUCGAAAAAUAGGGCACUGGUAUCCACAAAACUGUUUUUUGUCAGUUACUUACUACACACACACAGUAAAAGAUAUAUAAAAAUAAAUCUGAUAUAUAGAAUUCUAUACCCCAAGGCCUGCUAGCGGACAUGCGCACUGCUGAGAUCAGCAAGUGCUUUAGCAGACCUUGGGGUAUAUAAUUUUAUAUCAGUUUUUAUAUAUAUAUAUAUAUACAUAUAUAUAUAUAUAUAUAUAUCUUUUACUGUGUGUGUAGUAACUGUGACAAAACCCCAUUUUUGUGGAUACCAGUGCCCUUUUUUUUAUGCCGUUCGUGCAUUUAGCCCUAUUUAUUUGUUCCCUUUUAUUUUAGUUACGGUGACGUGACAUUUUUUUAUUUUACUUACAGUGACGUGGGUGCACCGGAAGUGA